CUCCUGGUUACGUGACGUCAUAAACAAAAUGGCGUAGGAAACGCAAACUUUUAGAGAUUUAAUGGGUGAUUGGCUGUACAACCACUGAAGUGUAGCGACCCUAAAAUAUCAAAAUGCCCAGAUUAUUUCAAAAUGAGCUGGAUCCCCAAAUAAACAUAAAGAUUUAUCAACAAAUACUAAACCUGGGAACACCACGAAAAUCCAGCCAGAAGGGAAAAUUAAAAAAAACUCCUGCCUUUCGUCAUGGAAAGAAUUUACAACAGUAUGGUAAUGAUAGAAUCAAAUACCCUGAACCGCGUUUAGAGUUUUAUAAUUUCCAUUACACUAGAGGGAAUAAAUCAGUAUUACCAUCACCGCCACCACCACCACCAAGAGAGUUAAUUUAUCAUGAUUUUAGAAGACAACCCAAUACUAGUCCAUGUCCAUCCCCAGUUGAAGAACUCAAAGCAUGGGAGGAUGAAGAGGCUCAAGGAAUCAACAUGAAGAAAACGCAUACUGCAACAGCUUCUGUCAACAACACACAACCUGUUAACAAGAAUUUAUUUCUAAGCUGUACUCCCAAUGAAAGAAAAUAUGUAAAAAGUGCUCAAGGCAUGCUGUGGAAUACCAGCUUUCAAUCAUUACGCUUAGAUCAAGAGUGGAAUGCUAAAUCAGAAUGCCGAGCAACAAAACGAACUACCCAAAUAAUGCAACAUCGAACUGAUAGGAGGUAUAUGAUGAACGGAUCAGCCCUUAAAAUACAACCUAGAUACAAUGUUGCUGAUGAGGACAUACAAUAUUUACGAGAACUAUCAAAAGCUCGACAAGUUAUUAAAGCCCAAGUCCAAGAAGAAAAACAAAUUUCCAUGCCUCCUGUUUCUGCCUUUCCAUCCGUUCUUAGAUCUUCCGCAGAUGAACUGGAAGACUCCGGUAACGAGGAAGCGGAGGGGAAAAUGGAAGUCACUCCUAUACAAAAACAACUGGAAGUUGAUCAGACAAUGCUUUCAAAGGCACAAACUUCAUCAUUAAGAGUUGAAAGCCCAGAAUCUGGUUAUCUGGAAGAUGUCAAAAUGAUCCAAGUCCCAGAUACAGAGAUCCUAUGUGUUCGUGAUUUAAAGGAAUCAUCAGAUGAGAAGAUAUUCCCACAAAAACAGCAGGACUGCCAAGAGCAGCAAUCAAUAACUCCAGAACUCGAAGGUGUAAAAAUUUCAGAUAUUUUAUCCUCACAGCAAGACUCUCAAGAGAAGCAAUCAAUAACUCCAGAACCUGAAGGUGUAAAAGUUUCAGAUAUUUUAUCAUCACAGCAAGACUCUGAAGAGCAGCAAUCAAUAACUCCAGAGCCUGAAGGUGUAAAAGUUUCAGAUAUUUUAUGCUCACAGCAAGAAUGUCAAGCGAUGCAGUCAGUAACUCCAGAACCUGACGGUGUAAACGUUUCAGAUAUUUUAUGCUCACAGCAAGAAUGUCAAGCGAUGCAGUCAGUAACUCCAGAACCUGAAGGUGUAAACGUUUCAGAUAUUUUAUCUUCUCAGAAAGACGGUCAAGAGAAGCAAUCUAUAACCCCAGAACCUGAAGAUAUAAAAGUUUCAGAUAUUUUAUCCUCACAGCAAGACUCUCAAGAGCAGCAAUCAGUAACUCCAGAACCUGACGGUGUAAACACUUCAGAUAUUUUAUCCUCACAGAAAGACUCUGAAGAGAAGCAAUCAGUAACUCCAGAACCUGAAGGUGUAGUAGUUUCCGAUAUUUUAUCCUCACAGCAAGACUAUCAAGAGAAGCAAUCAGUAAAAGUUUCAGAUAUUUUAUCAUCACAGCAAGACUCUGAAGAGCAGCAAUCAGUAACUCCAGAACCUGACGGUGUAAACGUUUCAGAUAUUUUAUGCUCACAGCAAGAAUGUCAAGCGAUGCAGUCAGUAACUCCAGAACCUGAAGGGGUAAACGUUUCAGAUAAUUUAUCUUCUCAGAAAGACGGUCAAGAGAAGCAAUCUAUAACCCCAGAACCUGAAGAUAUAAAAGUUUCAGAUAUUUUAUCCUCACAGCAAGACUCUCAAGAGCAGCAAUCAGUAACUCCAGAACCUGACGGUGUAAACACUUCAGAUAUUUUAUCCUCACAGAAAGACUCUGAAGAGAAGCAAUCAGUAACUCCAGAACCUGAAGGUGUAGUAGUUUCCGAUAUUUUAUCCUCACAGCAAGACUAUCAAGAGAAGCAAUCAGUAACCCUAGAACCUGAAGAUAUAAACGUUUCAGAUAUUUUAUCCUCACAGCAAGACUAUCAAGAGACGCAAUCAGUAACUCCAGAACCUGAAGGUGUAAACGUUUCAGAUAUUUUAUCUUCUCAGAAAGACGGUCAAGAGAAGCAAUCUAUAACCCCAGAACCUGAAGAUAUAAAAGUUUUAGAUAUUUUAUCCUCACAGCAAGACUCUCAAGAGCAGCAAUCAGUAACUCCAGAACCUGACGGUGUAAACGUUUCAGAUAUUUUAUCCUCACAGCAAGAAUGUCAAGCGAUGCAGUCAAUACCUCCAGAACCUGAAGGUGUAAACACUUCAGAUAUUUUAUCCUCACAGAAAGACUCUGAAGAGAAGCAAUCAAUAACUCCAGAGCCUGAAGGUGUAAAAGUUUCAGAUAUUUUAUCCUCACAGCAAGACUGUCACCAGAAGCAAUCGGUUACCCAAGAACCCAAAGGUGUUAGAUUUUCAGAUAUUCUAAGUCACCAGAGCAAUAGUCCCUGUGGUCAGGUGAUUAUACAGUUAAGUAAAACAACGCCACAACCAGGUGAAGAAGAAGAGGUAGAACACAUCAACCACAAGGAUCGAAUGCUGAUAAAAGACCACUUGAAUAAAACCCAUUGGUGCAGUGAUGGCUUGAUUCGUCUGCAACCCGGUGAUGGGCGUUAUUCCAUUGUGCCUUGUGGAAAAUAUGCACAAUCAACGAAAGCCUCGAAUCGAUCUCAAAAACCAUGCAAUGUCCAAACGAAUCAUCGAAUUGAAUGUUGUAACAAAGGACAUCAAAAUCAUGCGGCGGAGUUUGCACGAUUCCCCGUGAGAAAACGAUGUUAUAGAUAUUGGAAAAAUAUUCCUAAAACCUGUCAUUGUGAUGGUGGAAAUACCCCACUAGUUUUAGGUUUACAAGGUUUGCAAGUGCCGUUGGUUUCAAAAGAUUACACCCCCCGAUUGCAUACGUAAAGAUGAAUUAUGUAAGAGCUAAAUCUGCCUAAUGCAGGCCUUUCUUUAGGCCUUAAAUUUUAUAUAAAUUAUUAAUUAGACGAUAAUUAACUUAUCAAGACCAUAAUCAACUCUCUAUGCCAUCGGAUGCUCGAUUUAAACACGAUUAGCGGUUAAUGAUUUAAUUAAAAAAUGGAUAAUCAAGACUUCGAUUACUAUCUUAUCAACGGUAGCAAUGACAAUCAAUACUGCGCUAUUCUCCAAACAGCCCUAACUUCGCUCUGUAUGAAGUAAUAUGACUGAAAUUUUCAAGAUAUUCCCUUUUUAUCAUCUAUUUUUGAACUAUUAUAGCUAGACCUGUCAGCUUUUUAUCUAAAUCUUACAUAAUGCAUUUUUAACACUGUCCAUAAUCAAUUACAAAUUCUUACCUCUUUGGUUCUAAUCUUAGUGCUCUGCAAUCACAAAUUUUUAUGCCCUUUUGUCUAAUCUUAAUUCCAUGAAAUUUUCAAAUUCCUACACGGUUGCCAUCUCUUUCGUUUUCAACUGAUACUCAUUACUAUAUAUUUGAUUGGUUCCAUUAUUGCUCUGUUUAACUUAUAGAUUGGCUAACAAUAUGGCAACCAUGGACACAGUUGUCCAGAUCCCCUGCCUUGGAUUUAUGUUAUCGAUUUUAUAAUCAAAUACGAGUGCCCCAUGUUCACAUAAGUCUAUUAGGGAUUGUCUCAAAAAUAUAUCAAAUCCAUUAGAGACAGUUGCAAAAAAUAUAACAAGUCAAUUAGGGAUUGUCGCAAAAAUACAUCAAGUCAAUUAGAGACAGUCGCAAAAAUAUAUCAAGUCAAUUAGAGACAGUGCAAUAAAUAUAUAAAGUCAAUUAGAGAUAGUGGCGAAAAUAUAUCAAGUCAAUUAAAGACAAUCGCAAAACUAUAUCAAGUCAAUUAGAGAUAGUCGCAAAAAAUACAUCAAGUCAAUUAGAGACAGUCGCAAAAAAUACAUCAAGUCAAUUAGAGACAGUCGCAAAAAAUACAUCAAGUCAAUAAGAGACUGUCGCAAAAAUAUAUCAAGGCAAUUAGAGACAGUUGCAAUAAAUAUAUCAAGUCAAUUAGAGAUAGUCACAAAAAUAUAUCAAGUCAGUUAAGGAUUGUCGCAAAAAUAUAUCAAGUCAGUUAAGCUAUGUCUUAUCAUGAACACUUGAUAAAAACUGCACUCAGAUUUGUUAUGUUAGUUCAAUGUUUUAUCAUUAAUCCCUUUUUUUUAAAAUGCUACCCAAUCAAAAUGGGUGGUUUAUGCGUCGAUUGUUUUUUCAUUGGACGUGGUUCUUGAGCCUUUAAACCUAACAAUUUCCAGUUUCUGUUUCCACGUUACUGUGAAAGUAAAAAGUAUGUAAUAUUUCAUCUCCUUCAUUAUUUGCCUUGGUGGUGCAGAAAAAUAGUACCGAGAAACUAUCUGAACCUAUUUGUGUUGUUAUUUGUGGAUAGACUGCUGUUUUUUGUUUUGAAUUGUUAUAUGAAAUGCUUUUAUAUAUAAAAGAAUAUUGUUUAUAAACAAAUCAUGCUAUAUAUAUUAUAUAUUUCCUAUACAAAUAACACUGUUUACUGUUGUAUCCAAAUUGAAGUGAAAAUAAAAUUUUAA